AUGGCUCAGCGUCAGCUCUCGCGGACGCUGCCCAAGAACUUCACUUUCCCCUCUAUGCUCAACGACGAGCCGAGGACUCCCGAACGCCCCUCUACCGAUAUCGAUGUCCCACCGCCUCUACGCCACUCUAGCUCCAGUUGCCGUCUGCCGCGGGUCCGAGUUCGCUCGGGCACCGACGUGUGCGCGCGCAUGGACUUGGAUCUCUCCCGGCUCCAGGGCUUGUCGGAUGUUCCUUUGCCUUCCAUUGAAAUCCCCCAGCCAGGCGCUGAAUUGGAGGCGCCAUUUUCUGAUGACUCUGCGACUGACGAUAAGCGCUUCCUCGCGCCGCCCCGCCAGCGCAUGCUUUUCAAGACGCCCCCCGCGCAGAUCCGUGGGACGCCUUUUGAGUCCUGCGACACGGGACACCCGUGGCCAUCGUGGGAUCAGACCCCAGCUAGUACGCUUCAGCGCCCUGGUUCGGCGUGCUCCAACAUGUCAGACUCGUCCAUCGAAUCCGUUGAAACUUUUGCGUCGCGCCCCUCUAUCGGAGGAAGCUGCACGAGCGCCGAGAGCGACAUCUUCGAGAACUUCCCUUGGGAGGUGGCCAAGGAACCCGAGCUGGAGUCUCCGACUCAGCUUAAGAAGCAAUUCCAGCAGUGCCCGAGCAAGAGCGACAAAUCCUGGUCUCGAGACAUGGACAAUCACCUGUGGAACACCUAUCAGCUCUACCUCCAGGACCCCACUAUCACUCCCUUCAAGAUGACCCCCGGCAGCAUUCCGCCGCUGGGCAUCACCCACCGGGUUGCUCGUCGCGCCAAGCGAACCUGGGAGAAGAAACGACACCGCAUCAUUGAAUCGCUGCCCAUCAGGUCGGCCGACCGCAGCGGCAGUUCCACCCCCAAGGCGACUCAAAACGUGGCCAAGACGACGUGGCCCAAGUCUGAUACCACAACCCGCAGACGCCUCAAGCAGCUGUGUCGACGCAAAUUUUCCAUUUCGCCGCAUUAUCAGCGUAUGAUGCAGUCGCGCAGCCCCGAGCCUGUUGCGCAGUCAUUCGUUGCCCCCGCGGAGCCCAACACCCAAGACUUUGCAGACAGUGGCUGCAUGGCAUACGGCACUCGUGAUCUGGGUGUUUCUUUGGUUGCUCCUUACGAGCCCACUCCCUUGUCCCGACUGGCUGAGGAGACUGUAGCGCCAGAGGAGCCAAAGGUGGAAUCUUUCAACAACCCAGUGUUCAAUGUUGUCGAGCACGAUGCGAACGAAAUUUCCACCCAGCAUCUUCACGUCGAACGCGCCUCCACUAUCCCGCGCCUGGGAUCUCCCUUUGCUUACAGUACUUGGGGUCCCUCGACUUUGAAAAAUCAGGAGCACGAGCUUGCUGCCUUUGCGCGUCGCGAAACUAUCCAUCUGCCUCGCCAUCGAUCGCGAUCAAACGCUCACAGUGGACAGAAGGUUCUCAACCAAGACGGCUACGAGAUUCCUCUCCCGGAAAUCAACGUUCCGGAGGAUAAGGACUCCGAUGACGAGGUCCGGCGCCGCCUGGAGAUGUACCUGCGCGAGAACAAGGUCGCAGACAUCAGCAACGGCCGCAUGCGCAUCCGUAGCCGCGGGGCCACUACCGGCGCUGUCAGCCCCAAGGAUGUCAACCAGCUCUUCUCUCCUCCCUCGUCGCUCAACUCCUGCCCGCCCGAAGAGACCACUCCUGGGACGAAGCCGCCUACCAACCCCUUGCUAAACCUCAGCGGGGAGAAUAUCAAACGGCUGGGCUCGCCCUUCCGCAUUGAAGGUGGAUUCAAGCGUCGUGAAGGCUCAAGUCGUUACAUAAAACAUGCACCCUCGCUCUCCGACCCCUUCUCAAGCGGCGGUCCUCCCUCCUACCAGAACUCCGCCGCCUUUGACCCGUCCCCAAUUCAGGAACAGCAGAAGGCCUCGAGCCCACUGCCGUACGACCCCACCGAGGAGGGUCUUUCCGACGCCGAGCGAAUCCGACGGCAGAUCCUGAACAUGCCUUUUACGCGCAGAUAG